GAAGCACGCCUCGAGCGGGACAGAAAGGUGUAUGAAAAAGAGAAUGAAGUCAAUGCGAAGAGGAACGAAUACGAACAUCAGGAGCAAAAGGGUCGCCACGAUGAAAAUGCUGCUCUAUCUGCAAGAGAGCUCAGGAAGCAAGACUUCUAUGCGAAAUUCGGUGAAGCUGACGCGUCACUUCAACGAGCACUGAACGAGUUGUCCAACGCAAACCGUUCAGUCGAUUCGAUCCGUGGUGAAAUCGAUCAUGUCGAAUGGCAAUUGAAAAACGGACCGUGGUAUCGUGCUCCAGACUUGGGCAUUCAAGCUGGCGCACUAUACGCCGCGUUGGGAACAGCGAAAGCAGGCUUAGCUAUUGCAGAGGCAUCUGUACAGUUGGUCAAAGACACAAUGAACUCCGGACCAUUCCAAAGCAUGAAGCAGGUAUGGUUAGACGCCAGCGAAGUCUUCGAAACAGUAAAGACGAUGGCCGCCAAAGCUGUACAAGAGGCCCUAAACCAGUUGAAGAUCGCGGAAGGCUUGUUGUCAGCUGCAAAGUCCGCAAUCGAGGGCGACUUCGAAAAAGCGAAACGGGAAGCCAGAGAAGUGGUCGACAAAGCGCAGGAGUCAUACAACACCUACAAGGAGGCGCAGCGUAUUGAAGGAGAGAAGUUGCAAAUCCAACUAGAACAGCUCAAGAACAGCACGCAGGCAGCCGCCGUUACCACUGCAGAGGCAGCGCUCGAGGUCGCUAAGAACAACAACAUCGCCUUCAAAGCUGCACAGGCGGGUCUCGACGCUCUCGACACAAUCAAUGAUGCUGUCUACACAACACUCGAUGCAGCGGUACAGGCUGCGGGAACGAUAUGCGACAUCAGGGUGGCUCGGCUUACGGGUACACUUACUGCUAAUAAGCAAGAGCAGAAACCGUUCAAGAUCUACUUGGAAGGCACGCUGCUGAAAGAUGAGCUGAAGUUGAAUCUGGAUUUCACGCCGGGCGAGACUGGCAAAUUCCUGAAGGACGUGAGUUCUGAGGCACUUGCGCUGAUUACGCCGGGGAAGAAGAAGACGGUAUAG